CGAUGCCUCGAAGCCUCUCUCCUGCUCACAGCCUCCACAUCUAGGUGAUCUUUCCAGGGUUCCCUUCCUUCCCCUUCCUCCCUGAUAAAACCCACCAAACCAUGACCGAUAAGAGUGUCCCGUCCGGAGGGGAUGACGCCUCCAACAUCAUGGCGCUUCUGGAGCGAGUCGCCGGGCUCAUGGACAGCGUUCAAACCACGCAGAAACGCAUGGAGGAGCGUCAGCUGGACCUGGAGAGCACGGUGAAGAACAUCCAGACGGACGUGGUGAAGCUGACCAGCGACCACGCAAACACCAGCUCCACCGUGGACCGACUGCUGGAGAAAACACGGAAGGUCAGCCGACACGUGAAGGACGUCCGCGUGAGGGUGGAGAACCAGAACGUGAGGGUGAAGAAGGUGGAGGCGACGCAGGGAGAUCUGCUCGCCAAGAACAAGUUCAAGGUGGUCAUCUACCAGGGCGAACAGGAAGUGAAGACGGUUGCUCCGGGCAUCGAACCGGCAGAACCUUCAGGCUCCGCCCCCAGAGCCGCAGACGUGGAACCGGAUAAGUUCGACUUCCCUCCAGAAUCAGACGAGGAGUGCAUGGUCGUAGAAGAAGAAACGGCCGAAUCCUCCGCGGCCAAAAUGAAGAAGUCAGGUCUCACUCGCAUCGAGAGCUUCAAAGCUAACAUGAGCAAGACCCGGGAGAACCUCGGGAGCAAAGUCAACAAACUGGGAGAAAGAAUCGUGACGGCCGAGCGACGCCAGAAAAUCCGACAAUCUGGAGAACGCCUGAAGGAGACAAUCAGCAAAAGUGUUCCUGCCAAGUUGAAGAAGGAAAGAACGGUGGCAGAAGGUCAAGAAGGAGCCAUGGAAGGAGCCAUGGAAGGAGCCAUGGAAGGAGCCAAUGAGGAGACUAAUGAGGCGACCAAUCAGAAGGCAGCUCCUGUGUUGCCGCCCAAAGGAAGGAAGGGAAAAGCAGUGAAGGAGAACGAGGAAGAGGCGGAGGAAGAGGUGCCAAUGUACGAUAUGAAACAGCUGUCGUAGAAAACUGAGAUCAGGAAGAGCGACUUUAUUCACAAAUCAGGAAUCUGAGUCGACAUCAACGAGGAUUCUUUCCGUCAUCCAACACCUGGACUUGAAAUCAUCUGAUUUAUAUAUCGUUUAUUCGUGUUGUUCACGUGAACCCAGUAUCACCGUUUGCAUGUUGGAGAGGUGGGUCACACUGUAACUGCUUCCUGGUACGUGUGGAUGUUCUGCACCCAGUGGUGAGGGAGACCCGGAAGGUUUGAUCGACCCCUAAAUGAAGUGGAGUUAAGUGAUAAAAGCCUGAUGCGUUAAGGACCCCUACAUGUCCAUUUCAUGUCCUCAAAUGACCCAAAAUACUCACUUUAAGAAGAUAUUGUGAAAAAGGAAAGCAGCAAAUCUCCAUGUUCUGUUUUUAAUCUGUGUAGUGAGUUAGUUAGAUAUUUAAAAAGGAGUAUUUUAUAAAGCUUUACCAUUAGUAAAACUUUAAAGAAAGUGCCAUCAGAGUCCAGGUUUAAGUUAUUGAUUGAUAAACAUCCUAUAAUCGUAUUUAAAAUGAGUUUUGUAUAAAGUUUUAGAGUGAUGUAUUUACAUAAAGACUUGUAGCUAAAGAUCAGUAUUUUAUUUUGAAGGACACUUUUUGGGUUAACACAAGAACUGAAAUAAGUCUAGGUGCUUUUAUUUUGAAGGACACUCACUGUUUUGGGUCAAAUCAAGAACUGGGAGCUUUUAUUUUGAAGGGAAUUCAUUGUAUGGGUAAACGUAAGAAAAUAAAUAAGUCUGGGGGCUUUUAUUUUGAAGGACACUCAGUGUUUUGGGUAAACACAAGAACUGAAAUAAAUCUGAGUGCUUUUAUUUUGAAGGGCACUCACUGUAUGUGUAAACACAAGAACUGGGUGCUUUUAUUUUGAAAUACACUCACUGUUUUGGGUAAACACAAGAACUGAAAUAAGUCUGGGUGCUUUUAUUUUGAAGGACACGCACUUUUUAGGUAGAUACAAGAACUGAAAUAAGUCUAGGUGCUUUUAUUUUGAAGGACACUCACUGUUUUGGGUAAACACAAGAACUGGGUGCUUUUAUUUUGAAGGACACUCACAGUUUUGGGUAAACACAAGAACUGGUUGCUUUUAUUUUGAAGGACACCCACUGAAUGGGUAAACACAAGAACUGGGUGCUUUUAUUUUGAAGGACACCCACUGAAUGGGUAAACACAAGAACUGAAAUAAGUCUAGGUGCUUUUAUUUUGAAGGAAAUUCAAUUUUUGUGCGAUCAGAAGAACUGAGAGUGCAUUUAUUUUGUCAAAUACAGACAUGUUUAGAAUUUACUGUUAAAAUGAUUAUUAUGAAUUGUUUUUUUCUGUCUUUUAUUUUGAAGGGAUCGUUUAGUUUUAGAGCUAAUAAUACAUCAAAUCUACAAACGACGUCAGAAAGCUGGAAAUAAGUCAGUUUCUUUCUGAGGGUUUUUCCACCUCACUUCUUCUGGUAGGAAACCGUGAAUUUGAUGUUUUAAAAAAUCACAAUUUCUACAGAUUAGUUGGUGUUUUUAGGGUUUAGUUAGCGAGUGACUGCAUGGCUGUAGAGAGAUAUAUUAUAUAAGGUGUGUUUGACUGUCAAAAUAAAGUUCACGUGAGUCAUUUCUGUAA